AUGUCACUGAGCCAUACUGUGACGGUCAGCGAUACUACUGGAGCCUCAGGUAAGAAUGGCACAAACAAUAGUGAUUCAUACCUUUUUGUAAAAAUGUCAAAAUAUGAUACAUAUAAACUGAUACCAGGCUUUAAAAUGACAUUUAAACUGUAAAAUGAAACAGACCUCAAUGUCAUUCAGAAAGUAAGCGUAAGUAAGAUAUAAGUGAAACACUAUCAUUGAAAAAGAACAUCAAAGAGCAUCUGUUUCUUUCACACAAAAAAUGCCUUUUCUUAUUAUACAGUAUGUUCUCGACAUCAAUGGACCUCUCUCACUGCUUAUUAUGAUACAGAUCAUUUAGAAAACAAAACCGAAAGCAACAGAAUGUUUCUGAAUAAAUAUAGACGGUUCACACUAGGAUUACAUCCUAUAUUGGGCCAUUUGUUUUCUUCUUUUUUUUCUUCUGUUUCAGUUGCCUCUGUUCAGUCUGUCUAUGGAACAGACGGAAGCUAUGAAUCCAUUCUGGCUCCCCUACUGUAAACCUACUGUUCAGAGCCACCACAACUGGGACUGUUGUAUCCUGUGACGUAUGUACUACGGUAUAACGCCUUGUGGCACACACACACACACACACACACACUUUACCAGGGACUGUGGGACAAGCCAAAGAUUGAUGCACACCCAAGCCGAGCCCUUGUUGGUUCUGAUCCAACAGUACAACAUGGACUAGAUACCUAGCUGGGUCGCCCCUGGUCCUGAGUAACGGCCCAUUUACGUCCCAUAGUUCUGGCCCAGCAGAGCCCUACGGUCCAUUUAUGGCCAACUGGUUCUGGCCCAGCAGAGCCCUAGCAGCCUGUGUGGGUCAAGGCGGAUGUGAGUGAUAUAGUCCGGGGACGGCCCAAUGUAUCUUUUCCUUCUGGUUGGCAUGGCGCCAAGCAGCCUAAAUAUCUCCAGUUGCAGCGGGAGAGAAAGAGGAAAGAGAAAAUGUUUGUGAGAGAGAGAGAGAGAGAGAGAGAGAGAGAGAGAGAGAGAGAGAGAGAGAGAGAGAGAGAGAGAGAGAGAGAGAGAGAGAGAGAGAGACUGUGUCUGUGUGUACGUGUGUGUGUUUGUGUGUUUGUGUGUGUCUGUGUGUGUGUGUGUGUGUGUUCUACUUUAUGUCUUUAUCCUGGCAUCUCGCUGGGAGGGGAUAAAGCAGGUGCUUACAUGGCUCAGCGCUCCCCUAUGACUAGUGCCAGCACCAGGGGCAACCGCUACCGUGCGCCCAGCGUUAAUCACCAUGUUCCCUGCCAUUACACACACACACACACACAGAGGUACGUACACACACACAUUCACACUCUCUCACACACACGUAAACACACACACUAACACUGGGGCUCAGCGCCCAUGGGGAACCAGGAAACAGGGGUUAAUCUGACAGUGAUCUAGUGACUAGGGUGUGAGAGUUACACUGUAGAGAGUAAUUCUCCACUGAUAACAACUGGAGGGUGUGUUUGUGUCCCCUGCUGAUUUUGUACGUUCGCCCACUGACAAAGAAAUGAUCAGUCUAUAAUUUUAAUGGUAGGUUUUUUUGAAGAGUGAGAGAAAGAAUAACAACAACAAAUUCCAGAAACACGCAUGUCAAAAAUGUUAUAUAUAAAUUGAUUUGCAUUUUCAUGAGGGAAAUAAGUAUUUGACCCCUCUGCAAAACAUGACUUAGUACUUGGUGGCAAAACCCUUGUUGGCAAUCACAGAGGUCAGACGUUUCUUGUAGUUGGCCACCAGGUUUGCACACGUCUCAGGAGGGAUUUUGUCCCACUCCUCUUUGCAGAUCUUCUCCAAGUCAUUAAGGUUUCGAGGCUGACGUUUGGCAACUCGAACCUUCAGCUCCCUACACCGAUUUUCUAUGGGAUUAAGGUCUGGAGACUGGCUAGGCCACUCCAGGACCUUAAUGUCCUUCUUCUUGAGCCACUCCUUUGUUGCCUUGGCCGUGUGUUUUGGGUCAUUGUCACGACCCAUUUUCAAUGCCCUGGCUGAGGGAAGGAGGUUCUCACCCAAGAUUUGACGGUACAUGGCCCCGUCCAUCGUCCCUUUGAUGCGGUGAAGUUGUCCUGUCCCCUUAGCAGAAAAACACCCGCAAAGUAUAAUGUUUCCACCUCCAUGUUUGUCAGUGGGGAUGGUGUUCUUGGGGUCAUAGGCAGCAUUCCUCCUCCUCCAAACACGCCGAGUUGAGUUGAUGCCAAAGAGCUCCAUUUUGGUCUCAUCUGACCACAACACUUUCACCCAGUUCUCCUCUGAAUCAUUCAGAUGUUCAUUGGCAAACUUCAGACAGGCAUGUAUAUGUGCUUUCUUGAGCAGGGGGACCUUGCGUCGCUGCAGGAUUUAAGUCCUUCACGGCGUAGUGUGUUACCAAUUGUUUUCUUGGUGACUAUGGUCCCAGCUGCCUUGGGAUCAUUGACAAGAUCCUCCCGUGUAGUUCUGGGCUGAUUCCUCACCGUUCUCAUGAUCAUUGCAACUACACAAGGUGAGAUCUUGCAUGGAGCCCUAGGCCGAAGGAGAUUGACAGUUAUUUUGUGUUACUUCCAUUUGCAAAUAAUCACACCAACUGUUGUUACCUUCUCACCAAGCUGCUUGGCGAUGGUCUUGUAGCCCAUUCCAGCCUUGUGUAGGUCUACAAUCUUGUCCCUGACAUCCUUGGAGAGCUCUUUGGUCUUGGCCAUGACGGAGAGUUUGGAAUCGGAUUGAUUGAUUGCUUCUGUGGACAGGUGUCUUUUAUACAGGCAACAAGCUGAGAUUAGGAGCACUCCCUUUAAGAGUGUGCUCCUAAUCUCAGCUCAUUACCUGUUUAAAAGACACCUGGGAUCCAGAAAUCUUUCUGAUUGAGAGGGGGUCAAAUACUUAUUUCCCUCAUUAAAAUGCAAAUCAAUUUAUAACAUUUUUGACAUGUGUUUCUCUGGAUUAUUUUGUUGUUAUUCUGUCUCUCACUGUUCAAAUAAACCUACCAUUAAAAUGAUAGACUGAUCAUGUCUUUGUCAGUGGGCAAACGUACAAAAUCAGCAGGGGAUCAAAUACUUUUUUCCUUCACUGUAUGUGUGCCUGCGUGUGCUCGCAUAUGUAUGCCUUUUUCCGGUGUGUGUGUAAUGUAUGUGUCUGCAUGCAUGGAUGUACGUGUGUGUGUGUGUGCGUGUGUGUGUGUGUGUGUGUGUGUGUGUGUGUGUGUGUGUGUGUGUGUGUGUGUGUGUGUGUACGCACGUUCAUGUAGGUGUGUGCGUUCACUCGGGUAUGUGUGUAAAAUACUGCUGAGUGACUAUUCCCAGAUACGAUCAGUGAAGAUCUUCUGGCUCCUGCUGUCUGUCAUCAGUGUGUUCUGUCAGCCCGUUAUCUAGAUGGAAAGACCUGUAAUAACAUGUUACACAACACCUCCUCGGAUGGCACUGAGACUGGGGAGUGUGUGUGUGUGUGUGUCUGUGUGCUAAUUCUUUUCCUAAUGGGUGUGUGUGUACAUGUGUAUGUGUUUGUGUGUGUGUGUAUAUUUGUGUGUGUGCGCUCAUUAUUCUCCUAAUGGGUAUGUAUGUCUGACAUUCUCACGUGAUAACAGAUGCACAGCAUGUUGAUGAGAGAGAAAGGGAGAGAGAUAGAUUAUAUAAGCUAGAACGAUAUACAGUGCAUUCGGAAAGUAUUCAGACCCCUUCCCUUUUUCCACAUUUUGUUACAUUACAGCCUUAUUCUAAAAUGGAUUAAAUAAAUAAAAAUCCUCAUCAAUCUACACACAAUACCCCAUAAUGACAAAGCGAAAACAAGUUUUUAUACAUUUUUGCAAAUGUAUAAAAAAAUUCAAGCAGAAAUACCUUAUCUACAUAAGUAUUCAGACCCUUUGCUAUGAGACUCGAAAAUGAGUUCAGGUGCAUCCUGUUUCCAUUGAUCAUCCUUGAGAUGUUUCUACAACUUGAUUGGAGUCCACCUGUGGUCAAUUCAAUUGAUUGCACAUGAUUUGGAAAGGUCCCACAGUUGACAGUGCAUGUCAGAGCAAAAACGAAGCCAUGAGGUCGAAGGAAUUGUCCAUAGAGCUCCGAGAUAGGAUUGUGUCGAGGCACAGAUCUGGGGAAGGGUACCAAAAAAUAUCUGCAGCAUUGAAGGUCUCCAAGAACACAGUGGCCUCCAUUCUUAAAUGGAAGAAGUUUUGAACAACCGAGACUCUUCCUAGAACUGGGCGCCCGGCCAAACUGAGCAAUCAGGGGAGAAGGGCUUUGGUCAGGGAGGUGACCAAGAACCCGAUGGUCACUCUGUCAGAGCUCCCGAGUUCCUCUGUGGAGAUGGGAGAACCUUCCAGAAGGACAACCAUCUCUGCAGCACUCCACCAAUCAGGCCUUUAUGGUAGAGUGGCCGGACGGAAGCCACUCCUCAGUAAAAUGCACAUGACAGCCGGCUUGGAGUUUACCAAAAGGCACCUAAAGGACUGUCACACCAUGAGAAACAAGAUUAUCUGGUCUGAUGAAACCAAGAUUGAAAUCUUUGGCCUGAAUGCCAAGCGUCACGUCCGGAGGAAACCUGGCACCAUCCCGACGGUGAAGCAAGGUUGUGGCAACAUCGUGCUGUGGGGAUGUUUUUCAGCGGCAGGGACUGGGAGACUAGUCAGGAACGAGGGAAAGAUGAAGGGAGCUAAGUACAGAGAGAUCCUUGAUGAAAACCUGCUCCAGAGCGCUCAGGACCACAGACUGGGAGGAAGGUUCACCCUCCAACAGGACAACGACCCUAAGCACUCAGCCAAGACAAUGCAGGAGUGGCUUCGGGACAAGUCUCUGAAUGUCCUUGAGUGGCCCAGCCAGAGCAUGGUCUUGAACCCGAUCGAACAUCUCUGGAGAGACCUGAAAAUAGCUGUGCAGCGACGCUCCCCAUCCAACCUGACAGCGCUUGAGAGGAUCUGCAGAGAAGAAUGGGAGUACCUCCCCAAAUACAGGUGUGCCAAGCUUGUAGCGACAUACCCAAGAAGACUCGAGGCUGUAAUCGCUGCCAAAGGUGAUUCAACAAAGUACUGAGUAAAGGGUCUGAAUACUUAUGGAAAUGUGAUAUUUCCGUUUUAAUUGUAAUUUUAUUUUUAACUCUAUAAACCUGUUCUUGCAUUGUCAUUAUGGGGUAUUGUGUGUAGAUUGAUGAGGGGGAAAAACAAUGUAAUCCAUUUUAGAAUAAGGCUGCAACGUAACAAAAUGUGGAAAAAGUCAAGGGGUCUGAAUACUUUCCGAAGGCACUAGAUAGAUAGAGAGAUAGAGAGAUAGAUAAAUAGAUAGAUACAAUUGAAGUCUGAACUUUACAUACACCUUAGCCAAAUACAUUUAAACUCAGUUUUUCACAAUUCCUGACAUUUAAUCCUAGUAACAAUUCCCUGUUUUAGGUCAGUUAGGAUCACCACUUUAUUUUAAGAAUGUGAAAUGUCAGAAUAAUAGUAGAGAGAAUGAUUUAUUUCAGCUUUUAUUUCUUUCAUCACAUUCCCAGUGGGCCAGAAUCUUACAUACACUCAAUUAGUAUUUGAUAGCAAUGCCUUUAAAUUGUUUAACUUGGGUCAAACGUUUCGGGUAGCCUUCCACAAGCUUUCCACAAUAAGUUGGGUGAAUUUUGGCCCAUUCCUCCUGACAGAGCUGGUGUAACUGAGUCCGGUUUGAAGGCCUCCUUGCUCGCACAUGCUCUUUCAGUUCUGCCCACAAAUGUUCUAUAGGAUUGAGGUCAGGGCUUUGUGAUGGCCACUCCAAUACCUUGACUUUGUUGUCCUUAAGCCAUUUUGCCACAACUUUGGAAGUAUGCUUGGGGUCAUUUUCCAUUUGGAAGACCCAUUUGCGACCAAGCUUUAACUUCCUGACUGAUGUCUUGAGAUGUUGCUACAAUAUAUACACAUCAUUUUCCUUCCUCAUGAUGACAUCUAUUUUGUGAAGUGCACCAGUCCCUCCUGCAGCAAAGCACGCCCACAGCAUGAUGCUGCUACCCCCGUGCUUCACGGUUGGGAUGGUGUUCUUCGGCUUGCAAGCGUCCCCCUUUUUCCUCCAAACAUAACGAUGGUCAUUAUGGCCAAACAUUUCUAAUUUUGUUUAAUCAGACCAGAGGACAUUUCUCCAAACAGUACGAUCUUUGUCCCCAUGUGCAGUUGCAAACCGUAGUCUGGCUUUUUUAUGGCGGUUUUGGAGUGGUGGCUUCUUCCUUGCUGAGCGGCCUUUCAGGUUAUGUCGAUAUAGGACUUGUUUUACUGUGUAUAUAGAUACUUUUGUACCUGUUUCCUCCAGCAUCUUCACAAGGUCAUUUGCUGUUGUUCUGGGAUUGAUUUGCACUUUUCGCACCAAAGUACGUUCAUCUCUAGGAGACAGAACGCGUCUCCUUCCUGAGCGGUAUGACGGCUGCGUGGUCCCGUGGUGUUUAUACUUGCGUACUAUUGUUUGUACAGAUGAACGUGUUACCUUCAGGCGUUUGGAAAUUGCUCCCAAGGAUGAACCAGACUUGUGGAGGUCUACCAUUUUUUUUCUGAGUUCUUGGCUGAUUUCUUUUGAUUUUCCCAUGAUGUCAAGCAAAGAGGCACUAUGUUUGAAGGUAGGCCUUGAAAUACAUCCACAGGUACACCUCCAAUUGACUCAAAUUAUGUCAAUUAGCCUAUCAGAAGCUUCUAACGCCAUGACAUCAUUUUCUGGAAUAUUCCAAGCUGUUUAAAGGCACAGUCAACUUAGUGUAUGUAAACUUCUGACCCACUGGAAUUGUGAUACAGUGAAUUAUAAGUUAAAUAAUCUGUAUGUAAACAAUUGUUGGAAAAAUCACUUGUGUCAUGCACAAAGUAGAUGUCGUAACCGACUUGCCAAAACUAUAGUUUGUUCACAAGAAAUUUGUGGAGUGGUUGAAAAACAAGUUUUAAUUACUCCAACCUAAGUGUAUGUAAACAUCUGACUUCAACUGUAGAUAGAUAGAUUGAUAGAUUGUGGAGAGGGGAAGAAGGGGAGAAAGAGAAAGAGAAAGAGAGAAAGGUGAGAGAGAUGUCAAUAUGUGAUAGAGAGAGAUGAUGAUAUGCGAGAGAGAGAAUGAAUGAGGAAAUGAGAGAAAGAAAGAUAAAGAGAAAGAAGACAAACAGACUAUGGUCCUCCAGGGAGGGAUCUGUUCAUCCCACACAUAUCGAGGGAUCAGGAAAACAAAUGUUCCUGGGAUACGUACUCACACAGCACGGACCGGCCCAGCACUCCUUCCAUCCGUCUCUAAGUUCCAUUGUUAGAGCUGAAUUCCCUAAAGGCAGAGCGGGGAGAAGCAGGGAUAAGCAGCUCAACCUUUAAAAAUGCUUCACCGGGCAGCACGUUGUUGGAAAGUACUGUAUAGAUGUAAGGGUUGGUGUGAGGUGUGACCCAGGUGUGGUGCAGGAUAUACAGUAGGCAGUAGGCAGUAGGCAGAGAUGGUGAAACAAGGAUCUUUACUGGUGGUCCCAAAGCCAGAAUACAAAAUAACGGACUUAUCACAAUAAACCAAUGGCGGAGCAAAUAAGUCUCCAAAAACCGGCUGACAGCCAAAAUACGAAAUACUACCUAAGACCGAAACAAAUAACGAAACAGGGAGAACACAUCUCAAGUACCUGUACAUAGAUAUCUGAUCAGACACUGAGUAGUACUGCUGGACAUAGAGAAACUAGCAGAGAAAAUUGAGCAAGGGAACACAGGGAAGUUAGGGCAUAUAAGGUUGUCGGAGGAUGACACCUAGUGGGUCGCGCCGGAACUGCGACCCCCUCCUGUAACAUAUAGAGGCCAGAGAUUAUUAUCUAGAGUACAUUGUGUAUCAAGUCAGAGCAAAGGAAGGACCAGGGUCGUAUUCAGUGAGACACAACGUAGCAAAACGUAUUGCAACGGAAAAAACGAAAAUCUGUGUUCUUAUUGGACAGGUUUAUGUAGUACCUCACUGUUUCUGGACGCUUUCUCCCUACUGAACACGACCCAGUGCAUGAAAGAGUAGGCUACAGCAAGAGAAAAGCAUUGUGCUAAAGUGAAUAGAUAUUGAUUCACUGCUAUGGAGAUAUAAGUAUACAUACUGUAAAGUUAUGUACAGUAGGCUAAGGAGAUCCAUGUACAAUAGUAACUUUGAGAGAAAGAGCAUGAGUAUAUGUGACUCGUUUCAGAAAACUAGGCGUAUGUCGCACGUCACUACUUCACAGGAGAGGCAUUUGAACGUAAACAUUUAUUUUUGAUCAAAAUGCGCUUUUUGACAGAAAUGCCUUCUGGAACAUGUGAACUUUCAUGUGCCUUAAUAACAAACUUGUAUGCCAUUUAUAAAUACAAAUACAAUUGUUAAAUUACUAGCCUAGUUGGUUUAGCUUCAGAAAAAGACAGGAACCUUCCCACUAGCCAUGAUUGGCUGAGGUAAUAGAUGGGCUGGACAUGCCGAGAGAUUAGUUCAGGUUGGUCUGCCGUGUAGCUUGCUUCUGUCUAUAACAUGAGCUGCUCAGUAUGUGUAGGUAAUCCUUUCUAACGCAGCUUUUUCUAAAGAUAUCACGAAGAACUCCAAAAGUGUUUUAUUGCAAAUAUGUGGAGGGAGUCGAAAAGAGAACACACAGAAGGCUGUUGUACAAAACAUCUGUCUCCGGACUAUAUCUUUAAACUAAGGGCAACCAUGGCAUCCGUGACAGAGACAGAGAAGCGUUCAUCCAUGUACACAGGUAAGAGAGUCUAGCAACAGUGGUUCUUCCUUUAAAAGUGCGUCGUACUGCAGCACAGCUUGCGGGUUGCCACAGAAUUGUAUGACACGGUGUUUGACUGUCAGCCAUUGUUGCCAUUAAUGCUAGUUAGUGCUAGUUUGACCACCAGAGGGCAUCUUUGAGAAGCUAAGUUACUGAAAUGACAUGGAGCUGUAGGCCUAAGAGUCCUGUUUACUGUAGCUGUUUUAGCGCAACUUACCUAUUGGCAAAGCAUACAGUACAAUUCAUCCAUGUCUUUAAAUACAGUCAAGCAUUUUAGUUAUAAAACGAAAUAACAAAGGGAGCCUUGAAUAAUUAAACAAUGAAUAAACCGCAACAUGUCGGCUAAAGCGAUUUAAUUCAGGAAUGCAUUUGACUCUUAUUGAUACUGGCUGUACAAGAGACUUUAAAACCUUUUUUUGUUAGAACAGACUAUAUGGGAUAGAUUUUUAGAAAUGUAGCUUAAUUAAUUUGCAUAUUAUUAUGGUGUUUCUUGUCACAACCUGAUCGGUUUCACCUGUCUUGUGGUUGUCGCCACCUCUCACCAGGUGUCUCCAAUUUGUCCCCAUUAUCCCCUGUGUAUUUAUACCUGUGUUUUCUGUUUGUCUGUUGCCAGUUCGUCUUGUCUCGUCAAGCUUACCCACGGUUUUCCCGUACUCCUGUUUUGCUCUAGUCCCUGUUUUCCUGUUUUUCCUGGUUUUGACCAUUCCGCCUGCCCUGACCCUGAGCCUGCAUGCUGUUCUGUACCUUGUGACACUAUUCUGGAUUACCGACCUCUGUCUGCCCCGACCCUGAGCCUGCCUGCCGUUUCCGUACCUUUCGGACUCUGCUCUGGAACAAAAAUGAUUUUUUUACUGUAGCUGUUUUAGUGUAACUUACUUAUUGGCAUAAAGGCCUACUUCAAUAUACAGUAUAUCAAUCAAUCAUUCAUUAAUUUGUGCAUGUCAUCACACAGCAUACAAUUCAUCCGUGUCUUUAAAUACAGUCAAGCGUUUUAGUUAUAAAAUGAAAUAACAAAGGGAGCCUUGAAUAAUUCAACAAUUAAUAAACUGCAACAUGUCAGAGAACUGUAUUCUAAAAAUAAAUACACAGCAUCUACAGUGGUACAAAUAUAUGAUUGAAUUUGAUUUAAAAAACUGUUUUAAAAUGUAUAUGUUUAUUAGGCUACUGUGCAGUCUGACAAAAACCAACAGGACAAUGAGAUGUUUACUGUAGCCUACAUAGUAAACAUAGUAAAGUGCCUAAUUCGGUUACACAUCCUUGGAAUUGCAGAACAGCAUAACGGUCUGGACGGCCCUUGCUGUGCCUGAUGAGCAGUUCGUCAAGUUCUGUUGUCAGAAGAGGAAUGGAAAUGUCAGGUUGAACCGAUGACCUGACGAAUCCACCACGUUUGUUGACUCUGCUUGUCGGAGGUGGAGUUCCAGAGCUCACAGGUGUGCCUGGCAUGGCUUGUGACUCCAUCUCAUUCCUUGCCCUCUUCAAUGCGUCGUUCUCCGCCUGACCCUCCGCCAAUGCCGCCUGACUCUCCGCCAAUGCCGCCUGGCUCUGGACCAAUGUCUCAGCUGUCGCUCGUAUCUCUGCCCUCAGAGAAUGUUUCUCUUUCUGUUGGUCUGCCUUCAAUGACUCGAUCUCUGUCUUCAAAGUUUGAAUCUGAUCCAUGUGCACCUUCAUCAGAUGACCAGAAUGGUACAACCCUGAGCCCCCAUCGAUUACAGUGGCCUAUUUUAAGAUUUACAAGUGACUCCUACACACAAAUGCUGCGUACAGGAAAACAUUUUAAGGAUCUAGGAAAACUCACCGCUUUCUUGGGAACCGUGCGUUUUUUCGGUGCGGCCUGUUGUCCAGCCCUAUGUCCACUGAUCUCCACGGAUGGUUGUCGGUAUGGUUGUAACCCUGGAACGGGUAGCCCCAUAGAAAGAAUCUGGCUUGCUGAAAACUAUGUCCAUUCCGUCUGUUCUCUUUAGAGAUAAACAGAUCAUUUUUGAAUGGUAACUGUGUUAAGGGCGGAGUUUGGGGCGGGGUGAGGAGUACUGGAAAGGUGUGACUCCAGGUUACAAUAGGCCAUAAGUAUACAGCAGACCUCCCACUGUCCUCACUUUGAUUAUACUGUAGCUAUUAUGCUGUAGCAACAUACUAUAGCACCAUGACCAGGAUCACUAUUCAGUUAAGUGAGCAGAUUAGGGCUUUCAGGAGGAGCGGAAAAUCUACUGGAGACAUUUCAAAAAUACUGUUAGACUUGGGGAUUACGGUCACGGACAGUGCUAUUCGCAAACACUAUCAUCAGAUGCCUGUGUUACGCAGAACGCGAAAGCCCAGGAAAAUGAACAGGUACAGUAGGCUACAAUACUGUACAGUGGGCCUAAUAAUGCUACAAAUAUUGCUUAAAUAAAUCUACUGCUGGUCUUUACUGUCUGCUGCACAUUUUUACAUUGUAUUCCAUUUUCAGCGAGACUAUUCAAUCCAUCGACUCACUGAUGGAUGAAGAUGAUGAGCGAUCGGCAAAAGCCAUCUGGAAUCUGCUGGCAUCGCGGCACAACAUCAACAUCGCUCUAAUCACAGUCAGAAGACAGUUGAAGAAACUUGAGUGGACUUAUGGAAAGGCUCGGUAAGACAUUUAUAUAUAUAUAUGUAUAUAUUACUUUUUUCAGAACAUUAACCAUGUGUGUUCUCUUGUUUGUACUGUUCUGUAGUUUCGACCCAAUAAUUAGUCUGACAAACAAAGAACUUUGCGUGCCGCGGGCCCAGGCAUGGAUCAAAGCUGGCGAGACAUUCAAUGACGUCAUCUUCACGGACGAAUCAACCGUGGCCCUUGAGCUAUUUGCUCAAAAUUGCUACAAAACAAAUGGAAGAAGAUCAAGCAAGCCAAGACUCAAGCAUCCCCUCAAACUCCAUGUGUGGGAG